AUGUCCCAAACACAAGGCCACGGCUCAACCCCCUCGGGCAACCAGCCAACAACAUCCACCCGCGGCGGCGCCAGCGCCUUUCCCACCCCAGCCAACAACGCCGGUGGAGGAAGCGGCUGGGGCGAUAGCGGGUUUUUUAAGGGUGGAAUGGACAGCUCUAGCAACCGGCUCUCUAGCUCCGCCGGCGAAUCCAGUCCCACAAAGAUCUCUAGCACCUCAGGCGGAAUGUCAUCCAUUUCAGAGCAAAAGGCCGCUGGCGAAGAGAGCUAUCGGCAUGACCUUGAGGAGGCGGGCGGGGUGCCCAGCGCUGAAGAGUCGAAUGCUGCUGCGGGUUUCAUGGCUCAUAAGCCUGGUGGAUCGGAUACGUUGCCUGGGUGGGAGACGGCAAAGGGGGCUUUUAAUAGUGUUAUGGGGAAUGAGUAG